AUGCGUCCUCCGGCGGACCUCGCUGUCGACACCACCGCGAUGCCUGCAACGACAAAGACGAUGGCAGACUCAUCUACCUACACUCUUCCCCAAUCUGCUACGUCGACGUCCACUAUCAACAACUCACCGCCAGAGCCGACCACAUCUGCGCAACCUUCUUCCCCUAAACCAUCUAUUCGUCUUCUGUUUUCUCUCGUACCGACGCGCGACUUCCUCCUUCUCAUCCUCCCAGCAAUAUGCACGUCGAUGUGUGCGGGCGGUGUAGCGCCGUUCAUGACCUAUGUGAUUGGCGAAGCGUUUGACGCGUUCGCAAAAUUCCCCGUCUCCGACCCGUCUGAAGCGGCCAAGCACGAGCUCUUGCACUCGGUCGGCCUCUCGGCAAUUGAACUGGUAGGGCUUGCGCUCGGCGCUUUCACGCUGAGCAGCGCGACGUCCAGCUUGUGGAUAUGGACGGGGGAGCGCAACCUGAUGGCCAUACGCAAAAGGGUGUACGGCGCGGUCACACGUAAGGACAUGGUCUGGUUCGACACGAAGAUGGGUGCAGAGCACUCUGUACAAGCCGUCGAAAGCGAUGGCCCACUUGGUGCUGGCGGUCUGAUGGCUAAAUUUGCGAGAGAAACUGACGAUGUGCGCGCGGCUUCGUCGCUCGCGUCGGGUAUGAUCGUCCAGUAUUUGACGACAUGCGUGACGUGCUUGAUCCUCGCGUUCACCAAGUCCUGGUCGCUCACGCUCAUCAUCCUCUCUGCGGUGCCUGUCUUGAUGUUUAUCCAGGCCUUGUCACAAAAUUUCGCCGGGGCUCAUCUUACCGUGGAACGCGCAAAGACGGCCACCGCGGCGACGCUGGUCGACCGGGCGAUCGCUGCGAUUGCGACGGUGAAGGCUUUCAACGCGGAGACGUACGAACAGUCCACGCUCGGGGUCGUGCUCGACGACAUGCGCAAAGCUGCGAACCGGGUGAUCACCGUGUGGGGCAUCACGUCCAGUCUUGGACAGUUCGUAAUGAUGGCGAUGUUCGUGCAAGGCUUCUGGUUCGGCUCGAAGCUCGUGCGCGAGGGCACCAUCAGCGCAGGCGCGGUCAUGUCGGUAUUCUGGGCAUGUCUCAUUGCGACCAGCAACCUACAGAUGUGCAUCCCGCAAUUGAUUGUGGUCACCAAAGGCAAGUUUGCGAUGGCAUCAUUGCUUACGCUUGUCGAAUCAGCCGCCGCUCCAUCUCGGGGACACUCGACAUGCACGCUUCACUCUCAGUCGAAACAGAGGUUCCCGCGGAAGCAGACCGACCUGCGCAAGAUCAUCCCCAAGAGCUGCAGAGGCGGAUUCGACGUAGACGGCAUCACUUUUGCGUACCCUUCGCGUCCUACCAUGCCCGUACUCCAGGACCUCACGCUCUGGCUCCCAUCCAAUGAGAUGUCCUUCAUCGUCGGGGGCUCAGGUUCCGGAAAGUCUACGGUCGCACAGCUGCUCCUGCAGAUGUACCACCCUCAGGAAGGCACCAUCCGGCUGGACGACCAGGACCUCGCAUACCUUGACAAGGACUGGACGCGCGAGCACGUUGCUGCGGUGUCUCAGGGCUGCAUUCUCUUUGACAUGAGCGUGCACGACAACGUUGCAAUUGGACUCGUGAGCCCAGGAAGCCAAAGGCGGCCUAAAGACGUCACGCGCGAGGAAGUCAUUAGUGUGUGCCGUGCGGCGCUCAUGCAUGACUUCAUCAGGGACUUGCCGGACGGGUACGACACUCAGCUUGGAACCGGUGGUGCCAAUCUAUCUGGCGGCCAGAAGCAGCGCUUGGCCAUUGCCCGUGCGCUAUUGCGUAACCCUACUGUACUGAUUCUCGACGAAGCCACGUCCGCGCUGGACGCGACGUCGCGCAUUUUGGUAUUCGAAGCCAUCAAGCUAUGGCGCCAGAACAUGACUACAAUUGUGAUUACACAUGAUCUCUCUCAAAUCGAUUUGGAAGAUUUCGUAUACUUGCUCAAAGACGGUACCGUUGUUGAGCAGGGAUACCGCAAUAAACUCGAGUCUUUCCCCGGCGAGUUCUCCCAGAUGCUCAUGACUCAGGGUGCAACUGGUGGUUUCCCAGAGAAGCUUGAGGAGGCGCCGGUGCCAAUCCCGGUCGAAGCAAUCCUUGAGCAACAGGACGCGGAGAAGCAGGAGGAGCUUGAGGCUGUCACGGGCAGCACGCGUGCACUGAAGCACCAGAGCAUCGCGCACUCAACAUACCGUCCGCUAACGAUGAGCAACUGGAUGUUCGACGUCGUCGCGGACCUUACCAGGCCAGCCAGCGAGUCGUCCCCGGCGGUAGUCUCCGGCCACGAGACUCGCACCCAAAGCCGGUUUGUCCCUCUCGAGACGUGCCUAGAAGAGUCACCAGUCGAUGUCAGCAAGCAGGCGCGUAGACAGACCCUGCAUAUCGACAUUCCCGUCCUGCCUUCGCCUGUUGCUUCGACUGCCUUUAGCCACCGGUACAGUCUGCAGUUUACUCCCACAUCUCCGACACUCUACUCGGCGAGCCAUUCAUCCAGCUCUUUUUUCUCCACCAUCGUGGACGAUGACGAGUUUGAAUUCGAGAAGCUCGCUGUGGAGAAGAGCGCGUCCAUGUCGACUCGUAAGCGACUAGAUAUGUCUACCAUGAAGCCACCCGCGAAGCGGGUCCGAGCACAGUGGGACGAGAAGAGCUUGGCGAAGCUGACUGCUGUGGAGGUGGCGGCUGAGCCAACCGAGUCUAAAGAAGGCUCGCCAAAAGUGCAGUCUUUCUGGAACCUGAUCCGCGACGUCUACCCCACCUUGCCUCAUAAACCUCUCAUUGCCUUCGGUGUCCUCAUUUGCCUUGCCAGCGGGGCUAUGACUCCCAUAUUCUCGUAUCUUCUUUCUCGUCUCCUUUUCGAAGUCUCCAUCGGUGCGCGGGACGUUUCGACUAUCAACAUGUACGGUGGCAUCGUCCUCGCUGUAGCUGCCGUGGAUGGGCUAUUCAUUGGUCUCAAAUACGCCAUUAUGGAGGUCGCCGCGAUGAGCUGGGUUACGCGCAUUCGCAAAGUCUGCAUAGCGCGCGUGUUCUCACAGGACAAGAAGUGGUUUGACAAGAGCGAGAACAGUCCCUCGCGCAUAGUGCAGAUUCUCAUCAAGGACGGCGACGAUUCGCGUUCGCUGAUCGCGACGGUGCUUGCCCAGUCCAUAGUCGUGUGCGCGAUGCUCGGUGUCGGCCUAACCUGGGCGCUCGUCCGCGGAUGGCAACUUACGCUUGUUGGCUUUGCAAUUGCACCGGUGUUCGGCAUCUCCAUGGCCGUGCAGACUAACUUGGUCGCCGCCUGCGAGACGAGAAACAAGCGUGCGCGCGAGGAGGUUGCCAAGGGGUACUACGACGCGAUUUCAAACGUUCGUUCGAUUCGUGCUAUGGGCUUCGAGGGCGCUUUUCAGCAGAAAUUCGACAAGGCUGCUGAUAAUGCUCUUACAACGGGAGUGCGAGGCGCUUUUGUGGAGGGCUGCACGUACGGCGUUGCCAGUGGCCUGAUCUAUCUCGCGGAAGCGCUAUUGUUCUACGUUGGUGCUGUUCUCAUCUCCAAUGGCACAUACGAUUACUUGCGGAUGGUUCAAGUGCUGAACUUGGUCGUGUUUUCUGUCUCCAUUGGUUCGCAGCUCAUGGCGUUCACACAACGAAUCGCGAAGUCUGUCCAUGCCACUCGCGACUUCAAUACCCUGCUCAAGCUCUCCAUGUACACCGAUGAAGCACGCGGAUCCCUCCGGCCAGAUGUCCGUGGCGCUUUGAACUUUGAGAAGGUUUCCUUCUCCUAUCCUGAGCGACCAGACGUUCCCGUCUUGAAGAAUUUGAAUGUGGAGAUUGCGGACGGCGAGUGUAUCGCUAUCGUCGGCUCUUCGGGAUCCGGGAAAUCGACCAUCACUGCCCUCCUCCAGCGUCUCUAUGAGCCCACCUCGGGCAGGAUAACCGUCGGCCAGCAAGAACUGCGCUCAACGGAUGUACAUCAUCUUCGGGACCACGUUGCCGUCGUGAGCCAGAACCCUAAUCUCUUCGACACCACAAUAUCUCAGAACAUUUCAUACGGUACCUCGACGCUCACCGCUGAGGACAUACGACGCGCUGCACAGGCUGCAAACGUGCAUGAAUUUAUUGAGUCCCUUCCAAAAGGGUACGACACUCUCGUCGGCGAGAAUGCGUCCCUUAUCUCUGGCGGGCAAGCGCAGCGGCUGCAGAUUGCGCGGGCGCUGGCGCGCCCCGCGCGUAUUCUCAUUUUGGACGAGUGCACUUCUGCGCUGGACGCUUUAAAUCAAGCUGCGGUGAUGGACACGCUCCGGCACGCGAUGCUCGGGCGGACAACACUCGUUGUAACGCACAAGCUGCAGAUGAUGCGCAUGUGCGAUCGUAUCCUUGUCGUGCACGACGGCGCCAUCGCGGAGCAAGGCACCUACGAGUCGCUCAUGGAGCGGCAUGGUGUCUUUGCACAACUCGCGAGUGGCGGCGAGUGGAACGGCGAGUGA